AUGCGAGGACGGUCCCCACAGAGACAGUAUGCGAGGACGGUCCCCACAGAGACAGUAUGCGAGGACGGCCUCCACAGAGACAGUAUGCGAGGACGGUCCCCACAGAGACAGUAUGCGAGGACGGUCCCCACAGAGACAGUAUGCGAGGACGGUCCCCACAGAGACACGCUGCUGGUGAAGCCAGACGGGGACCCUCGCUGCCCGCUCGGCCAGUUCCCCUGCGGGAACAUGAGCGAGUGUCUUCCUCAGGCUCUGCAGUGCAACGGACACAGAGACUGUCCCAACGGAGCCGACGAGCGCCGCUGUGGAGAUAACAUUGGAUGGGCCGAUUUAUUCGGCCAAACACUACAAGAUGCUAAUUAUGUGGAGCAGUACUACCUGAACGAGUGCUACCUGCAGCAGUAUCCAGACAGCUGUGACUGCGUCCAGACAGAUGUGGAGUGUGUGGAGGUCGACCUGCAGGACGUUCCUCUGAUCUCUCCCAACGUCACCUGGCUGUCUCUGAGGAGCAAUCAGAUCCGAGUGUUGUCAGAUUAUGUUUUCUCAGAAUACUCUUCUCUGCAGAGACUGUUUCUACAAAACAACAGCCUCCAGUUCAUUUCCAAACAUGCGUUCAGUGGCCUGUUCAGUCUGAAGAGACUGUUCCUCAGUGAGAACUUCAUAAUCUCUCUUAGUCCUGGUGUGUUCAGGGACCUCCAUCAGCUGGAAUGGCUGAUGUUGGAUCACAACCCGCUGAGCAUCUUGUCCCAGGACUCCUUCAUGGGGCUCAGCUCCCUCAUCUACCUGUCGAUGGUGGGCACGUCGCUGCAGCAGCUUCCUCACCCGAGCUUCUGCCAACACAUGCCGUCCCUGGACUGGCUGGAUCUCGAGGGGAACCAGAUUCAAACUCUCAACUACUCCAUCUUGAAGACCUGCAGCAAGCUUGAAGUUCUGUUACUGAUGGACAACCGGAUCAGAAGAGUUCCUGAGAACACCUUCCAGUCUCUGUGGAAACUGGCUGAACUGAAUCUGUCCAGCAACAGGAUCAGGGAGCUGCCGAAGAACACCUUUAAGAGUCUCUCCAAGUCCCUCCUCAAACUAAAUAUCUCCCACAAUCCCCUUCUCCACAUUCACCCCAGCCACUUCCAUUACCUGACACACCUCCAGUCUCUGGCGCUGGAGGGGAUCGAGAUCUCAGACAUCCAGACGAAGAUGUUCCUGCCGAUGAAGAAUCUCUCCCACAUCUACUUUAAGAAGUUCCAGUACUGCUCCUACGCGCCUCACGUCAGGUCCUGUAAGCCCAACACAGACGGCAUCUCGUCCUUCGAGGACCUGCUGGCCAACGUGGUGCUGCGCGUGUCCGUCUGGGUCAUGGCCUUCAUCACCUGCUUCGGGAACCUCUUCGUCAUCGGCAUGAGGUCGCUGAUACGAGCGGAGAACAACCUGCACGCCGCCUGCAUCAAAGUCCUCUGCUGUGCAGACUGUCUGAUGGGCGUCUACCUGUUCUUCGUCGGCGUGUUUGACGUGAAGUUCCGCGGUCAGUACAACCGGAACGCUCUGCUCUGGAUGGAGAGCGCCGAGUGUCGGACCAUCGGAUUCCUGGCCAUGCUGUCCUCAGAGGUGUCUGUUCUCCUGCUCACCUACCUGACGCUGGAGAAGUUCCUCGUCAUCGUUUUCCCCUUCAGCAACCUGCGGCCAGGAAAGCUCCAGACUGUGGUGGUCCUGGCCUCCAUCUGGGUCCUGGGCUUCUUCAUCGCCGCGGUCCCCCUGAUGAACGAGGACGUGUUCGGGAACUACUACGGACGUAACGGGGUCUGCUUCCCGCUGCACUCUGACAGGCAAGAAAAACCUACUGCCAAAGGAUAUUCAACAGGGAUUUUUCUGGGUCUGAACCUGGUGGCGUUCCUGGUGAUCACCUUCUCCUACUCCAGCAUGUUCUACUCCAUCUUUAAAACGGGCAUCAACGCCACGGACCUGAGGAGCAGACUGCACAGAGACGUGGCCGUGGCCAACAGGUUCUUCUUCAUCGUGUUCUCUGACGCCCUCUGCUGGAUCCCCAUAUUUCUGGUCAAAGUGCUCUCACUGUUAGAGGUGGAGAUACCUGGCACCAUCUCCAGCUGGGUGGUGAUCUUCAUCCUCCCCAUCAACAGCGCCCUGAACCCCAUCCUCUACACGCUGACCACCAGCUUCUUCAGGGAGCAGGUGGAGGUGUUUCUGUGUCGCUGGCAGAGGAGACACACCUUGAAAAAAGACCUCACCUCCUCCGCCAUCUUCGUGGAGACGUUUGGGCCUCCGUGCUACCAGCCGGCGUUCCUGCAGCAGGUUUCUCUGAGCGACGCCGACCCUCGCUACGCCUGAUGGAGGCUCAGACGCCUGAUGGAGGCGGAGAGCUUUCUCCUCCUGGAGCUUUCUCCUGCUGGAGCUUUCUCCUGCUGGAGCUUUCUCCUCCUGGAGCUUUCU